AAUCUAAAGGUCCUUGUGUGAUUGCAGAUUUUACUUUGAAAGAAACUCAAGAAGUUAUAUUUAUUUUUCGAGAAAUCCCUGAUACAACACUUAGUAAUAACGAAAAUGGAUGUGAUGCUUUUAUGUAUAAAUCUUUGGACCCUAAUAUUAGUUAUACUUUUUUAAAAUCAAUGUUUCGUGAAACUUUGCAUUUUUGGCAAAAUUGGAUUGCAAAAUCGGCUUAUAAAGGACGAUGGAGGGAAUAUGUACAUCGAAGUGCUCUUACCUUAAAACUGUUAACUUAUGAACCGACUGGUGCAGUUGUCGCGGCACCAACUUUUGGGCUUCCAGAAGUAAUUGGAGGCCAUAGGAAUUGGGAUUAUCGAUAUACAUGGGUCAGAGAUUCCGCAUUUACGGUUUAUGCUUUGAUGAGACUCGGGAUGACGGAUGAAGCAAAGCAUUACAUGGAAUUCAUGGAGGAAAGAUGUCAAGAUUUGAAUCCGGAUGGGUCAUUAAAUAUCAUGUAUAGUAUUGACGGUGAAAAACGAUUAAUCGAAAAAGAACUUAAUCAUUUAGAUGGAUAUCGAGGUUCACGUCCCGUACGUAUAGGAAAUGGUGCAUAUGAUCAUAUUCAGUUGGAUAUUUAUGGUGAAUUACUAGAUGCUCUAUAUUUAUAUAAUAAAUAUG